AUGUGGAAAGGCUGUACAUCCCAAAGAAAAGAUGGAGGUAGGGGCCUGAUUGAUGUAGAAACAGCAUUCAAAACUGCAACAAUAGGGCUUGAUCACUAUCUGAAGCACAAGGAAGGGAAAUAUCCAAAGCAGGUGCUUGAACAUGAAAGAUCUAAAGCCAAAAAUUUAAUAUCCAAGAAUGCUACUAAAUUCAAAAGGGAAGUAACAAUGCCAGAGAUUGAGUACAGAGAAGAUAAAUCUGCCUCUGAAAAUGCUAAAGCCAUGAAACACGUGUUUAAGUCCAGGAUGAAGUCAACGAAAGAAGAAAAGUGGAAAAACAAAGCAUUGCAUGGUCAGUAUCCAAAGAUCCUAGAGAAGCCUCAUGUAGACACAGUCACUACCAACAAAUGGUUGUCAAGUAAUUUGAAAGGAGAAACAGAGGGACUACUUGUUGCAGCUCAAGACCAGGUAAUAAACACCAGAAACUACCAGAAAGUAAUAUGUGGCAAGCAAGUGGAGAGCAAAUGCAGAUUGUGUUCGCAACAUGAAGAGACAGUGGAACAUAUUGUAUCUGGAUGUGAGGUAUUAGCCAAAACAGAGUACAUCUCCAGGCACAAUAAUGCUGCAGCAUAUCUCCAUUGGAGCAUAUGUAAAGAUCAUGAUAUAGAGAUUACAGACAAAUGGUACGAACACGAACCAGAGACCGUGAUACACAAUAAAGAUAACAACAUCACCAUCAUGUGGGACAUGCCAGUCAAUACUGAUAGAACUAUAACAGCGAACAGACCAGAUAUCAUCGUUAAAGAUUCAGUGAAUUCCACCUGCAAACUUAUUGAUAUGACUGUUCCAUCAGAUAGAAACACCGCACUGAAGGAAACUGAAAAAAAAUGCAAGUAAUAAUAAUAAUAAUAAUAAUUUUAUUUAUAUAGCGCUAAAAUCCAAUAAUUGUCCAAAGCGCUACCUAAUUACAAAAUAAAAUAUAAAAAAUGAAAAAUAUAAAAUAUCUACAAUAUACAAUAUAAUUCAAAUAUAGCCUAAGUUAUCUACCAUAUAAAUCAAAAACAUCUCAAAACAAAAGGAAUCUCAUAACCUAUAUGCUAACUUAAAUAAAAAAGUUUUAAGGGAUUGCUUAAAAGUUGCCACUGAAGCACAUUUCCGAAUCUCUAGAGGUAAAUCGUUCCACAAUUUAGGUCCUGCAAUAGAGAAAGCUCUGUCUCCAUAUGUUUUCAAUCUGCUUCUUGGAACCACUAAGUAUUCUUUACAUGAAGAACGCAAUGACCUAGAGUAUGUUUUAAAAUUCAAAAGGUCAGAAAUAUAAGAAGGUGCAAGGCCAUGAAGGGCCUUGUAUACCAAUAAAAGGACUUUAAAAGUUAUUCUGAACUCAACUGGUAACCAAUGAAGAUUAAUUAAAAUAGGAGUUAUAUGAACAUGCCUCGGUGUCAAUGUGACAACACGAGCUGCAGCAUUCUGAACUGCCUGUAGUCUAGCUAACAGAUACUUAGGAAGGCCAUGUAAUAAGGAAUUACAGUGAUCAAGUUUCGAACUAAUAAAUGCAUGGACUAAGAUUUUACAUGUAUCUUGGCUUAAGUACUUGCGGAUUUUAGCAAUAUUUCUCAAAUGAUAGAAUGAUGAUUUACAAAUGUUCUUAAUGUGCUCCUCAAAACUAAAUAUGCUAUCAAACUGAACCCCUAAAUUACGAACAGAGUCACGAGGUGCAAUGCACUCAGAACCAACAGUAAUGUGACCGAUGUCAGGCAUAGGAUGGAAUCUGGAACUGAUGACUACAAGGUCCGUUUUGUCCUGGUUUAGUUUAAGAUAGUUUCUUAUCAUCCAUUCAUCAAUGUCCCUCACACAGCAUUCCACUCUCAACUUCACUACAAAGACCUAGAACUAGAAAUACAGAGAAUGUGGCAUAUGAAAACCGUAGUGAUCCCUGUGGUUGUUGGUGCGCUUGGUACAGUGAAGAAGGGUAUGGUAGAAAACAUCAAGAAAGUAUCAGAAAGAGCUAAUAUGACAGAGAUUCAAAAGAUCUGCAUGCUGGGAUCUGCACGAAUCCUCAGAAAGGUGCUCAGUGUAUGA